GUCUUCCACCCAUUCCUGGAACCAUCAAACGAGUUUGUCGGCUCCUUCGUUGAAGCUUCAAACACAAACUCCUGGUACAUUGUUCUUUCUCUGCUGUCUCCUCCAUUCUCCAACAACGUCGUGCCAGAAAAAUCAUAUAAUCAUUCUUUCUGAUUAUAUAAAGAUGCAAUCAACAUUCGUGUUCCAUCUGUCUGAGCGAUAACUCUGUGCAUCACUCUUAUUCUUUUCAUUAGUAAUCACUUGCAAUUCGAUAAGCAAUGCUCCAUAAUCCGUUAAGCAUCGACUGUAAAUUUGAUUAGAAUCGUUAAUUUUGUGAUCGAUUUAAGGGUUUAGGGUUUUAGGUUAAUUUUGGUCACCGAGAUUAAUGCGCCUUCACUUUCAACCAAUUUUGUAUCUUGGAAUGCCAAUCCCUCGCUUCCGCGGCCAAGCGCUAAUCCGGCUCUGGUAAUACUUUUGUGUGCUUGUGUUCAUACAACGUUGACAAGGAAAAUCUAAAAGCUAUGUUGAUGAUUCUCAUUAAUCUGUGAGCUUCUCCAGCAAUGAUUUGGUAUUACCAAACUUUAAUGUCUUUUUAAUCUUGAUGCUCAGAGAACCUUGAUUUGGAUCUGUGUUCGAGUUGCAGGUGUUCUUGCUAAUUUCAGGAACCAAUGGUUAGACUACUCACUUUUGGUUCUCAAUCGUGAUGAAGAUAAAGAUGUUCUUGAAUGAUGAUUUCAGGUGUUCUUAGUGGAUUAUUUUGUUCUUAUUUAUUUAAAAAAAUCAAAAAGAAAUCAAACAGGGGCCAUUUAGUCAUUUCAAUUUAGUGGAUUAUUUUGUUUAGUCAUUUCAAUUUAGUGGAUUAUUUUGUUCUUAUUUAGUGAUUUGUACGUUUCCUGAAAAAAUGCAUAUCAUAGUGAUAAUUUUUGCAUUUUUGUCUAAACAUAAAAACUAAUGCAAUAAAAUCACCUAAUGCGACGUACACAAGCAUAAAAAAUAAAGUGUUGCCGAACAAGAGAGAUUCUCUAGUAUAACAUAUAAAAUAAAAAGAUGUUUGUAAAGGAUUAUAAAAAACAAAAAUCAUACUUAAUUGGAUAUUUGUUAGUUCCAAAAUCCACAAUUAUUUGAUUGAAGAACUUGAACAGACAGUCGAACACCAUUUGAAUUGAGAACCAAAUGAAUUUUUAAGAAAUUUUUUUUUUGCCUCAUUACAUUUCGUCUUGGCAAGUUAUAUUUUCCAAAUACAUCUUUUAACAUUGUUUUUUCAGUUUCAAGAGACAUAGGUUAAUUUUUCAUAGGAUAGUAUUUAUGUCUAAAAGAGAAUCUUACAUUAAUCGUUAUAGUACAGUAUAUAAGCACUAUCAAAGAUGACAUCUCUUGCAUUUAUACCUUUAAAUAAGAGGGAAGUGGUCAUUUCUUUGCAUUGUAAUUAUCGUACCCCUUAUUGUUGAUGACAAAUGCUUGCCUGCAAUUAUUCUAACCCUAUAAUUUCAUCGUCAUUAUCCUAUAAAUAACCACUUAGAAGAACACCAACAAAGUAAACCUUAGCAAAAGUUAUGGCCCAUCUCCCUCUAGUAGUAACUUAUGUUUUCUUGGUUGCAAUUGGAUCUACAAUACCUAUCGAUGCAAUUGCAACCCGCAAAACAUUUCUUUCUUGUAUGAAUAAAUCCUUUGUCCCGUUUGCUACAACCUCAAGAUACGUGUACACACAAGACAUGCCAAUGUACUCAUCCCUAGUGUCUUCUCAACACAAUCCUAGGUGCUCUAAUUCAACUGCAUCUAAAAGACCAGUUGGAAUUGUCACACCAGAAAACGAAGCCGAGAUACGUGCAGCUAUUCUUUGUAGCCGAGAACAAGGACUCCAAGUCAGGAUCCGAAGCGGUGGCCAUGACUAUGAAGGCCUUUCAUACAUUUGCAAAACACCUUUUAUCAUUAUUGACAUGAGAAACCUUCGUUCAAUUACCAUCGACAUUAAGCAUGAAACUGCAUGGGUCCAAUCGGGGGCCACACUCGGGGAGCUUUACUACCACAUCGCAAAGAAAAGUCAAACUCACGGAUUCCCGGCGGGGAUAUGUCCAAGUGUCGGUGUUGGUGGCCACUUUAGCGGUGGAGGGUUCGGUGCCAUGGUGAGGAAAUACGGCCUAGCGGCCGAUCACAUCAUCGACGCUUACUUAAUAGACGCGAAAGGGCGGCUCAUUAAUCGGGAAACAAUGGGUGAAGAUCUUUUUUGGGCAAUUAGAGGUGGUGGAGGAGCGAGCUUUGGUGUUAUUAUCUCAUGGAAAAUCAAACUCGUUAGGGUUCCGCCAAAAGUUACGGUGUUCAACGUUCACAAAAGCAUGAAUCGACAAAAUACCGAAAUUGUCCAUCGAUGGCAACAUGUUGCGCAUAAGGUUCAAAAUGAACUUUUCAUUAGAGUAAUUAUACAAUAUAUACACGAUGAUAAGAAUACAUCCGUUCAAGCGUUGUUUAACUCGUUGUUCUUGGGAGAAGUCAAAGAUCUAAUCCCGUUAAUGGACGAAAGCUUCCCGGAACUAGGGUUAGAGCCAGAAGAUUGUACCGAAAUGAGUUGGAUAGAGUCGGUUCUCUACUUUGCAGGAUUCACGAGUGGGGAACCUUUGGAGGUGUUACUUGGAAAUGAAACCGACCCUUACGUAAGCUACUUCAAGGCAAAAUCCGAUUUUGUGACGAAAACUAUACCAAAACACGUAUUUGAAAUAAUACGGAAAAAGUUCCUUCAACAAAAACUUGUGUUCUUGAUAAUGGAUCCGUAUGGUGGACGGAUGAGUGAGAUCCCAGAAUCUCGUAUUCCAUUCCCACAUAGAGAAGGGAAUUUGUACAACAUACAAUAUUUGGUGAAAUGGGAAGUGAAUGGUGUUCGGGCAUCAAACGAGCAUAUACAUUGGCUUAGGGCGUUGUAUAGGUACAUGGAACCUCAUGUCUCGAAACACCCGAGAAGUGCGUACCUUAAUUAUCGAGAUCUUGACCUCGGAACAAACCCACAUGCAAACACGACUUACUCUGAAGCUCGUAAAUGGGGUGAGAAAUACUUUAAGGGAAAUUUUAAAAGAUUGGCUCAAGUUAAGAGCAGUAUAGACCCAUAUAACUUUUUUAGAAAUGAACAAAGUAUUCCACUUCAUUAAGGGAGGGAAGAACAUAUGUAUCAGUAGUAAAGUGGAAAAUGUAAUUUGCCCAUGCAUCUAAAAUAGC